AUGGACUCCGAUGUGGAGAUGAACGCCGCCAGCGACGAGGAGGUGAUGGACGACGAGGACUACUACGACUACUGCGACAGCGACAUGGGCGACGACGACGGCGGGAGCGAGGAGGAGGAGCUGGUGGCCGGGGACUACGACGAGGGCAUCGAGGCCGAGGGGACCGACGAGGUGGUGUCUAGGCGCGAGCAGACAUUUGUGGUUUUAAACGAAGAAGUUAUAUCUGAGCGUCAAGAGGAAGAUGUAAGCAAGGUAUCUGCCGUGUUGUUGAUCACAAGGGAAGAGGCGUGUGCCCUCCUGCACCACUACAAAUGGAACAUCAGCAAGUUGAGUGACGAAUGGUUUGCAGAUGAAGAAAAAGUCCGCCAUACUGUUGGCUUACUUUUGAAUGGAAAUCAUGAGCCUCACUCUAGGAAGCUAACUUGUGGAAUAUGUUUUGAAGGGUAUUCUUCUGAUAUGAUGAGCUCCGCUGGUUGUGCUCAUUUUUAUUGCCAUGAAUGUUGGGAAGGCUACAUUAGCGCUGCAAUAGGUGGUGGUCCAGGAUGUUUGUCAUUGAGAUGUCCUGAUCCAUCAUGUAGUGCUAUGGUUCUUCAAGGGAUGAUUAAUGAAUUAGCUAAAGAUGAGGAUAAAGAAAAAUAUGCACGAUUUCUCUUACGUGCAUAUGUUGAAGGUAGCAAGAAGACUAAAUGGUGUCCAGCUCCUGACUGUACAUGUGCUGUGGAGUUUCUUAGUGAUGAAAACUAUGAUGUCUCGUGCAAUUGCAAGUUCAGAUUUUGCUGGAAUUGCACUGAGGAAGCUCAUCGACCAGUGAACUGUGAGACUGUUUCUAAGUGGAUAUUAAAGAACAGUGCAGAAUCUGAAAACAUGAACUGGAUACUGGCUAAUUCUAAGCCCUGUCCAAAGUGCAAACGGCCAAUAGAGAAAAACCAGGGAUGCAUGCAUAUGACAUGCACCCCUCCUUGCAAAUUCGAAUUUUGCUGGUUAUGUCUAGGCGCAUGGUCAGAUCAUGGAGAGAGAACAGGUGGCUUUUAUGCUUGCAAUCGUUAUGAAUCAGCAAAGAAAGAGGGAGUUUAUGAUGAGACUGAAGCAAGGAGGGAAAGAGCUAAGAACUCUCUUGAGAGAUAUAUGCAUUACUAUGAACGCUGGGCAUCCAAUCAGACAUCGAGGCAGAAGGCCCAAGCAGAUCUGCUAAAAGCGGAAAAGGAUCAGCUUGCAAAUUUAACUGAUAUUUUCGGGAUACCAGAGACCCAGCUUAAGUUCAUAAUUGAAGCUUGGUCACAGAUUAUAGAAUGCAGGCGAGUGCUGAAAUGGACAUAUGCUUAUGGCUACUAUCUGGAUGAUAAGGUCAAGAGUGAAUUUUUUGAGUAUCUGCAAGGUGAGGCUGAGUCUGGCUUGGAACGUCUGCAUCAGUGCGCUGAGAAAGACUUGCAAAAUUUUUUGCCUUCUGUGAAAUCUGACAGCACUGAAACGACGGCACCUACACUGGAUGAAUUUAGUGAAUUCCGCGUGAAGCUUGCUGGGCUCACAAGCGUUACCCGGAAUUACUUUGAGAACCUUGUUCAAGCUUUGGAAGCUGGGUUGGAGGAUGUCCGCGCCACUGCCCAGGCUGCUGGUACAUCCAGCGCUGCCACCAGCUCCAAGAAAGGAGGAACUAAAUCCAAGAAGAAGCAGCACACUAAGCCAUCAUCUGACCACACUGAUGAUGGGUGGCCCUGCGAGCGUUGCACAUUUCUUAACCCUCCCUCAGUGGAUGUGUGCAGCGUCUGCGAAAAGUGUAGGUACUAG